AAAGAUGUCUCUGUGUAUCCCUGGGAAAAGUCUCAUCCAGCCCUGUGAUUUUGUUGAAGUGUCCUGGAGUAUCUCAGCUCAAGGUUAGGGAACUACACUCUUACAGUCUUGAUUAAUAUUUUAACCUGUAUAUCUCUCUGGGGGCUCAUCUAUGACAUAGGUAAUUCCAUCCGAGUAAUGUCAGGGUGACCUCAGCAGAGGGAGUGCUGUCACCACGAACACAAUGCAGUGUCUUUGUUGGGAUGAGGCCCCUGCUCCUAGGAUCCCAGGUGCACUCCUGCUUGCCUCCUACUUCCCCAGCCAAUCUCUGACCAGGUGUUUGUGGGCAGAGAUCCCGGGGAGAUGAAGUUGGAAGGAGUCCGGGUGGGCUGGGCUCAUAUUGUACAUUCUGAGCUUAUGAAAUCUGUGGCCCAAGCAGGCAAAGGACUAUGGGUCCUUGCUUGGCCCUCAGGCCAUCCAUUAUUAUAUUCCCCAAUCAAGCUCCACCUUCUCCCCCAGAUGCAAAAGCUGCUUUUCUGCCUCUUUCAGACCCCGUGAUGCACUGCUGCACUUGUCAUGCUACUAAAUCUUUCUGGGUCAGGGAUUUAGCUCAGUGGUGCCACUGCCUGCCUCGCAAAUGCAAGGUCUUGAGUUCAAUCCCUGGUACCAAAAAAAAAGAAGCAAAAAAAAGUAGCAAUAAAUCUUCCUGCUACAUUGGUCAUCUCUGGGUUUUAAAUCAGCCUAACAUUUGUCCUUGCUGCUGCUGUGCUCCCUCACCCUGUCCCUCCUCUCCAAUCCAGGUAGCCAUCCUCUGAGUAGUCUCUAGUUCUCCGGAGGACUUGGCUAAUUUCUUUAGUGUGUCCAUCUGUAAAUCCUAGCACUAGGUCUUGGUUCUUCUGUCCUGGGGCACGGUCCCUUUGACCUGGUCCUUUAGGAAGCAGGGGACACUGGUCUCCCACUGGUAGCCACCCUUACUGAGAGAACACUUGGAGACACGGGGUGCUGUUUCUCUGCUCUUUUCCCUUCCAUCUGGCUAGGGACCCCACCACUCUGCUAUGGACAAUUCCAAUUCGUCCCUCGGACUACUCAAAGACUCGCCUUUCUUCUGCUCCUUAACAUCUUAAAAAAAAAUCUCUCUCUCAGAGGGGGAUACAUCAAACCAAAAAAUUUUAUUUUUUCCAUAAUAUGGUUUAAUAGAUGAUUAUCAACAACGCAAACAUGGGACCUUUGACGUCUGAAUAUCUUAAAAUUUAAACAGAUUUAUCCAGCACAAUGGCCAUCCGUCCAAAGUUCCCUCUUGUAGGCUUUCUUUUACCUUCUCAGUCAACUUCCUCUCAAUCCUGCAGUUUUCCAAAUUCUUCCUCCUCACAGUCGAGUAGAGCUGACUCUAAUGCUGUCCUUGAACCUGAAAUCUAUCCCACCAACUGCACCCCCACUGCCCUAAGCCCCCAGGCCCCACCCCCUCUUCUCUGCCCACCACGCUCUUGUGCCCAGCAACUCCCGCUAAACUUGGUCCUCAGCGGGGUCUGUCCCGCCCUCCAGGAGGCCGCAGGGGCAGAGGACACGAUCCACAUUCCUGCUCCUUUCUCCCUCUUUGACGCUUCCCAAAUUAAAAUGCCUGGGGUUCAUCACCUUCAGGCCCGCAGUCUUCCCCGCAUGCACUGGGUGACUCCCAGUCUUUCUCCCGCUCCAACUCUGAUGCCCUUCCUGCUCUAACUAGUAAGGCUCUGCACUGUUACAGGAGGCUGCUACUGCGACUCACCUAAGGCACACUCAGGCACCCUGGAGAGAAGUGUCCUGUGUGUGCCCGGUUUCUCCACAGUAGGGUGCAAGAGGCACAGCGCGUGGUGGGCGGUGGGUGCAGGGCUGUGUUGCAGAGGGACAAGUGCAGUGCGGUGGCAGCGGAGAGCCCUGUGGUCUUCAGCACCACGCUUGAUGCUGAACAUGAGGCAAGCGGCCCAACUGGACACAGACUUCGGUUUCCCGCUUCCUGGGACGACUCAGUUUAGGCCACGCUUCCGCUCCGCGGCACCUGCACUCGGGAGGAUCAAGCGGCUCAUCAUGAAGUACAUUGAAAAGGCUGAGACCAUCAACUUGGUGGUGGUCCCCAGCAACGUGGACAUUGCCACCACGGAGGCUCUGAGCAUGGCGAAGCAGGUGGAUCCCGAAGGAGACAGGACCAUAGGGAUCCUGACGAAGCCCGACCUGGUGGACAAAGGCACGGAAGACAAGGUGGUGGACGUGGUGCACAACCUGCUGUGCCCCCUGAAGAAGGGCUACAUGGUGGUCAGGUGCCGCAGCCAGCAGGACAUCCAGGCACGGCUGAGCCCGGCCGAGGCCCUGCAGAGGGAGCAGGCCUUCUUUGAGGACCACCCUCUCUUCAGGGUGCUGCUGGAGGAAGGAAAGGCCACGGUCCCCCGCCUGGCGGAGAGACUGUCCUCUGAGCUCAUCACACACAUCUGUAAAUCUCUGCCGCUGCUGGAAAAUACAAUAAAGGAGCGGCACCAGAAAAUAACGGAGGAGCUGCAAAAGUACGGCAUGGACAUCCCAGAGGACGGAAAUGAGAAAACGAUCUUCCUGAUCCAGAAAAUCAGUGCAUUUAACAAGGACAUCCGUGCUCUAGUCGAGGGCGAGGAGAGCGUGGGCAAGAAUGGGACCCGGCUGUUUGCCAGACUCCGGCAGAAGUUCCAAGGCUGGAACUCCAUGAUCGAAGAGCACUUUGAAAAAGGUUAUGAUGGUUUAAAAAGUAAAGUCUGGCAAUUCGAAAGCCAGCAUUGUGGCAGAGAGCUGCCUGGGUUCGUGAACUACAGGACGUUUGAGACACUCAUGAAAAGCCAGCUGCAGGCCCUGGAGGAACCAGCGGUGGAGCUGCUGCACGAGGUCACUGUUAUGGUUCGAGACACCUUCACUGCGGUUUCUGAAAGGAACUUCAGUGGGUUUUUUAACCUGCACAAGACCUGCAAGUCAGCUUUCUCUUCCCGCGGAACAAAAUCGAGGACAUCCGGUGGGACGAAGCAGAAGCGGCAGAGAAGGCGAUCCAACUUCACUUCCGGGUGGAGCAGAUCGUCUACUGCCAGGACCAGGCUUACCGAGGCGCGCUGCAGCGGGUCAGGGAGGAGGACGCCCAGAAAUCCUGCCUAGGCCUCAGCUUUGCUCCCCGGGACUCCACUCCCCGGGACUCCGCUGUGGCCGAAGUCCUGCAGCACUUGAAUGCCUACCGCCAGGAGGUCGGACGAAGCCUGGCCAGACAAGUCCCCCUCAUCAUCCAGUACUUCGUCCUGCAGAGGUUCGGCCGGGAGCUGCAGAGCGCCAGCUGCUACAGGACAAGGAGGCCUGUGCCUGGCUCCUGCAGGAGGGGAGCAGCAGCACCAAGAGAAGGAAGGACCUGAAGGGGCGGCUGGAGCAGCUGGGCCAGGCCCAGCGCUGGCUGGCCAAGUUCCCGGGCUAACCUGGCUCCAGGGCCCAGGGAGGAGGCCUGAGCGUCUCCUGAGGCCGUGCCAGGGAGCGCUAGCUGCUUAGCAGAUACUCAGCGGGCAGAGGCCGAGGUGAGAUCUCUGCUUUUCACCCAGCAGCCCUGGGGGCCGGGAGGAGUGAGGAAAGUGAUUUGAUUUCCAGCCAGAAGAGCACAGCAGGGAGGACUGUUGGCGCAGAGUGUCCCGCAGCGGCCUGACCUGUAAUCUAGGUUUACACAGCCCCAGAGAAGCAAUUUAAAGCUGCUCCUCCCUUCCCCACCCCAAGCUCUGCCACAGCCCCAGGCUUAGAGCUGUAGCCCUGCCCUGGUUUGCCACUGCCCUGGACUCGAUAAUAAACCUCCUC